AUGAAGAAAAUCAGAGCAAUAGCAGAGAAGAACCAGAUCUGGCGCAGCUACAUUGGCAUGGGUUAUCACAACUGCUGUGUCCCUCAUGCCAUCAUGAGAAACAUCUUUGAGAACCCAGGAUGGACCACACAAUACACUCCCUACCAGCCAGAGGUAUCUCAAGGUCGCCUUGAGGGGUUACUCAACUACCAGACUCUGGUCACAGACCUUACAGGGCUUGAAGUGGCAAAUGCCUCUCUCCUGGACGAGGGUACAGCAGCUGCUGAGGGCCUCGGACUAUGCCAUAGACAUAACAAGAGAACUCGACUGUUGGUAUCCCCUGAUGUUCAUCCUCAGACACUCAGCGUGGUCCAGACCAGAGCAGACUCGCUGGGUCUCGCAGUGGACAUCGCCGAUGUCUCCACAGCUGACUUUUCCUCGCAUGAGUAUGCAGGUGUGCUCUUCCAGUACCCUGACACCAGUGGGGAACUCCAUGAUUACUCUGAGGUUGUCCACAAGGCACAUGCUGAAGGUACGCUGACAGUUUGUGCGACGGAUCCUCUUGCACUGACUCUGGCUCGACCGCCCAGUGAAUUCUUCGUGGACAUAGCAGUGGGCACAACGCAGCGACUAGGUGUCCCUCUCGGCUAUGGUGGCCCUCAUGCUGGGUUCUUUGCUUGCAGACAGUCCCUAGUGCGCCUCAUGCCUGGCCGUAUGAUCGGCCUCACCAGAGACAUGAAUGGCAACAAUGCUUACCGACUGGCACUGCAGACCAGAGAGCAGCAUAUUCGUCGAGACAAGGCUACUAGCAAUAUCUGCACAGCACAAGCCUUACUUGCCAAUAUGUCCGCCAUGUACGCCGUCUACCAUGGACCUAAGGGGCUCCGGCGUAUCGCCAAUAAGAUUCAUAAUGCCACUUUGUUGCUCAGAGAAGGUAAUAGAUUUGUUCAUUUUAUUCGUAGUUAAUUAACUUUGAAGGAA